AUGGACUCCGACGGAAGCCUCGACCGCGAGAAGGACUCUGGAGUCAACAGACCAGAGUCCGACGAAGAGUCCAGCCGGGAGCAGCCUGCUACAGAUUCCACAGAAUCUCCAGAGUGGGAGCCAGUGACCAGUUUCACCUUCUUUGAAAGGCUCCCGAUUGAAUUGAAAACGAUGAUUUUCAAGGAAGCAACACCAGAUGGUUCUAUCAUUCAGGUUAGCCAUACUACAUACAUCAGGAAGGACGGAAAGCGAGGGAUUGCAUUCAAUGUCGAUAAGGAACAAGCCGCACCAGACAACAAAGGGGCUAUCAAGAACUACCGAAUCCAACGAGCUAUUGGCCUUCUAGGCGCAUGCAAAACUUCCCGGGACAUCUACCUUACAAAAUUUCCGCACCAGCUCGUCAUGCACCACCAGAAAAGCCGGAAAGUCCAAAGCGUCUUCAGGUUCUCGGCCAGCCUAGACAUUCUAUACCUUGCCACUUUCCGAUCUCAGAUGCUCCAAAGUAUCCCCUUCCCGCGUACCUACGAAGCCUUGCAGAAUGAGAGCUGGUCCGAACACGUUACAAGGCUCAUCUUUGGAAGCACGCUGGCGAGAUAUUCUUUCUCACCUGGAGUGAUGAGAUACGAGCCACUACUCGCGGUCUUUCCUCGGGUUAGAGAGAUCAAGCUGGCACAUCAUAAGCUACGCCAAAGCCUGGAGCACCAACCUCUGGUUGACUAUCAUGAUAUCGAUCCGAAUGCUAUCAUUGAUACCACGUCCCCUCAGCUACCAAGAGAAGUGGCUAUCGACUACGCCAAGAGGAUGAACGAAGUCAUCAAGAGUAGUCCCUUCCUCGCCGAGAAUAACUUGCCCCCUCCGGUAUUUGUGCUUAUCUGA